AUGACUUCCAGACGCCCAGAGGACGUUUUCAUAGCUCUCCUGAGGUCUGUCUAUCAGAGAGCACAGCAUGGCACCAUCCAAUGGGGUCCGGCUCGACCUGUGCUAUCCUUGGAGCUCCCCUCCACACAACGGCUAAGCUCCCGACAAGCAAUUGGGCGACGCGGCCUUCACAGUAGCUCUGGCCAUGUCUCGCGUGCGCAAAGACGAGCGUACGCAACCAGCGAGGCUCGGAAAGAAGCGCCGCGAGAGAUAGCCGUCCUCGGAGGUGGUAUCACUGGGUUGACAACUGCCCACUAUCUGGCACGCCAUGCCACGAACGCCAACAUCACGCUGUACGAAGCCAGCGGAAAUCUUGGGGGAUGGGUAGAAGCAGAACGAGCACAGGUCAACAAGGGCCAACCCGGGGACGUGCUGCUUCAGCAUGGCCCGCGAAUGCUCCGAUCUGGUGCUUCAUCCCAGAAGUACGACGACCUUGUGCUAUAUGACGUGAGCUUUGCUGAUGUGUGUGCCCUCCGUCAGCUAGCCAGCCUCGAAAUGCAACACAAGAUUCGACCGUUCGCCGACCCCGGAAACCGCUACCUAUACUACCCGGACCGCCUCGUGAAGCUGCCGUCUGGCGAGCUCAGUGUCGACAACAUAGUUGGCACGAUACGCAGUUGGCUGAAUGACUCGAUAUGGGACGGGACCCUGCGGAGUUUCUACAACUAUUGGACGAAGUACCAAAGGUCACUUGUACCUGGCCAGAUAUUGCCUGCAUCUCCUGCAAAGAUGCUCGAAAAGGACGAAUCUGUGGGAGAGUUCAUGACUAGAGUGUUCGAGGAUGACAGGCCAGUCAAGAACAUGUUAUCCGGCAUAAUGCACGGUAUAUACGGAGGUGAUGUGAACAAGCUGAGCGCGAAGCACACAAUGCUUGAUCGCAUGUGGUACCAGUUGACACUGCCCGUUCCAGAAGGCCAAAUCUGGAUGGCCAACAAGGACUGGUACCUCCUCUACGACACUCUCAACGGCCCGAACCGUUUGAAGGUCAUCGAGACGGCGGAGAAAGCCAUCUCUUGGAAUACACUCGCUUUCGACGACGGUCUCCUGUCGCUGGUAGACGGCUUGGUGAAAGACCUGGAGAAACAAAGCAACGUUACCAUCAAGUACGAUGCCCCGGUCACAUCGUUGAGUUACAACAAUGAUCAAGUCUCUGUGAUUACUGCAAAGACAGAUCAGCCGAAUAACUACGAUCAAGUGAUCAGCACGCUCUUCUCGAGGCAUCUCUCACAGAUAGUUCAGCCACCGAACAGCUUGCCUUCGCUGGCUGAGACGCAUGCCAUCACAAUAAUGGUCGUCAACCUCUGGUACCCUACGCCUGGGCUCCUCCGCGACAUCCGGGGGUUCGGGUACCUUAUUCCCUCUUCGACCCCGGAUAACGAUGAGUGCGCCCUCGGUGUUCUCUUCGAUUCGGACCUUCAAACACGUGAUGAAGUCCCAGGCACGAAGCUCACAGUCAUGCUCGGUGGACAUCACUGGGAUGAAUGGGAGAGUCUGCCGACUGAGGAGAUGGGCGCCGAAAUGGCAAAGCAGAUAGUCAAGCGCCACCUGGGCAUUGACGACAAGGAGGAAGUCGUCGUGAGUUCCCGUCUCUGCCGAGAGUGCCUCCCGCAGCACUACGUGGGCCACCGCGAACGCAUGAACAAAGCACACUACGAACUUCUCUCCACAUUCCAGGGGAAGCUCACAGUCGCGGGUCCCAGCUACACCACGAUCGGCGUAAUCCCAUCGAUGCGAGCUGGCUUCGACGCGGCCAUGCGCGUCGCCCGCGGCCACGGCCCCCCGUGGUUCCGAUACUCGGGUUCGGGUUCGCAGCCGGACUGGUGGACGCCGAUCCUGAAGAGGAAUGAGCAGACGGGAUGGAAAAUCCGCGACCAUGUGGGUGCCACGGGCUUAGAGGGCUUUACCGAGUCCGAGUUCCACUGCAUGUACCCCUCGCCGAAGGAGUCGCUCAUGUUCCGGAAAUGGACUGGGGCGCAUAGCCGCUUCCUGGAUGACGACGGCCAGUGGAUCACGUCCGAGGGGCAAGAGCCCGGUGGUUUCCGCGUUGGAAAUGGAGUCACGGAGCAGGAUAAGAAUGAAGAUGCUUCGGGGCAGGACAGGAAGUAG